ACGUAUUGACAGUGAGCCAGCCACACUUCACAAAUAAACACACAUUUCUCCUCAGUCGAUUUGGAUUUCUGUGUCGGCCAAUCGGAAAAGUAAUUCUAGAUUUUCUAUUACAUUUUAAGUAAAACUAAUAACUCAAUAGACAACAAGAUGGUUUUGCUAAGCAACAAAGAUUUUCUAGCGCAAUUAGUCCUGUUGAUCCACAAUGCAAAUAGUAAAUCGGUCCCGUUUUCGCUGACUUUGAAACGAUACGAUGGCCACGAUCGACCAAAACCACGUGAAGGACGACCUCCUCUGCCACUUCCCGACGAAUACAAAUGUUUGAUCCGUGCAAAAGCAUCGUCAAAGAAGCUAUCAACAGUUGUGUCACAGGAUGACGUACCAAAAGUGAUGGAAGAAUAUAGUAAAAUCUUGAAAAACGGCAUGGACAAUCUCAAGAAAGUGAAACGGAAUCGAAACAAAACAAAAGCAGCUCAAGGCAUAUAAGAUCGAACACUAUCAAUAUUGCAUUCAAAACACUUAAAUCACAAAAAAACAACAACAAACAACAAGGAUAACAUGUGGAUUUUAUGAAAAAACAAACAAACAAUUAUUUCUUUUAUUGAAACAAAGAAAACGAAACCGCGAACCGAACACAUCAUUCUGCAUUCGAUCAUUUCCUUUCUUUUUUUAUGUUUCACCGAAUUCCAUAAAAUGUUAAAAAAUACGGAAAAAAUAUUCUUAUGUAUGAAAUAAAAACAAACAAAAAUUAUUGUAUGAA